AUAACCGUUGACAAUAACUUUUCAUUUUUAGAUGCUGCAAUGGCCUCAUAUUUUCUGCACCAGAAAACUCGGUGGGACGAAAUCCAUGGCGCUGGGGCCGGCGUCUUCUCGUUUUUCGAUUUCAGACUUCUCCUGCUCCCGCACACUUUAUCUCUGUUCCCUCCUCUUCCUUGUCCUCUCUCUGCUCGCUCGGUCAGCUUGUGGCAUAUACUGUGACGAGGAUGACUGUUAUGAACUCCUCGGGGUUUCGCAGAAUGCUAAUGGGUCGGAGAUUAAGAAGGCGUACUACAAACUUUCUCUAAAAUACCAUCCGGAUAAAAACCCAGAUCCGGAGUCGAGAAAGCUGUUUGUCAAAAUAGCAAAUGCUUAUGAGAUUUUGAAGGAUGAAGCGACAAGAGAGCAAUAUGAUUAUGCAAUUUUACACCCGGAAGAGGUUUUCUAUAACACGGCACGCUACUAUCAUGCAUACUAUGGCUACAAAACAGAUCCCCGUGCAGUAUUACUGGGUCUUCUUUUGGUUGUUUCUGCACUACAAUAUCUGAAUCAAUGGUCAAGGUAUACCCAGGCUUUAAACAUGGUUAAGAAAACACCAGCUUAUAAGAACAGGCUAAGAGCUUUAGAGCUUGAACGGAAUGGACUUGUUACAAACAAGAAGAAGGCCAGUAGACAAAUGGACAAGAAGGUGGAAGAGGAACUUAGCAAUGAACUUCAGUUGCAAAUUCAAGGAGCUGAGAAACCCACACUGUGGAAUAUUUUUGCUGUCCAAUUUAUACUUCUACCUUACGCUGUAGGCAAGAAAUUGCUGCGGAAAUUCUGUUGGUUCUGGAGAUAUCAUAUAAUGAAGGAUCCAUUAACGUGGGAUGAUGCCAGUUAUCUAACACAGGCUUGCCUAAAAGUGCCUCGUGAUACAUGGCAAAACAUGGAUGAAUCUACAAAGAAGGAACUCGUUAUGAAGCGUUUAUGGGACAAAGCUAAUAUGGCGAGCUACCUGGCAGAUAUGAGAAGGGAAUCAAAACGUCGAAGAUGACAUGUCUGCCAGGUUUCUAAAGCCUUCUUUUUCCCAAUGAAGAUUUUAACAAUUUUGUUUCUGUAGUGAAAAUAAAUAUUUACUAAUAUAUGGCUGCACAAUAGAACUUUUUAUAUUAUUUGUUUCCUACAUUUGCAAGAUCACUGUACCCUCACAUUUUAGAUUUUGAUGAGCCUGUUUACAACAUUUGCAAGAUCAAGCUGACCAUAAGUAUAGGACAAUUACUGUCUCUCUGGCAUUUUUCUUA